CACAAACAGGAUUCGACCUCGGCCUUGUUCCGCGGCCUAUAUGUUAUCUGGCAUGGCCAUAUCUAAUGGCUGCAAAAAAGAAAUUGUUUUCCGAUCGCAAGAUGAAAGAACCAGAAAGAAAAGAUAAUGAAAAAAUAUCUGCCAACAACAGCAACAUAGUGGACAAGCGCUCAACGGCCACCACCUCCCUACAACAAGCCGUGGAACUGCUGGAUCGCUGUCAGAAGUUACUGCAGGCCGCGAACGCGGAGGCAGCCUCUCACGAGACUACGGAGGCAGCCUCUCACGCGACUACGGAGGCAGCCUCUCACGCGACUACGGAGGCAGCCUCUCACGCGACUACGGAGGCAGCCUCUCACGCGACUACGGAGGCAGCCUCUCACGCGACUACGGAGGCAGCCUCUCACGCGACUACGGAGGCAGCCGCUCACGCGACUACGGAGGCAGCCGCUCACACGACUACGGAGGCAGCCGCUCACGCGACUACGGAGGCAGCCGCUCACGCGACUACGGCGGCACGGGUGCGCCGGAUGCCCACGGCAGAGUUACGCCGGGACCCGGUACUGUGGGUAGCCUACACCCGCGGGUGGAACGACCGCGCGUUGGUUUUCAGCAAGUCGACCAACGUGGGUCCGAAAACCGCGGUAACCGACAGGUCCCAGAGCCCAAGACCGCGACCGCCCCCGAUGCCGCAGACAACACGGUUGCUCCGACCACCCCCCCAACCACUUAUGGCGGUACUGGUCCCACGACCAAAAUCUUUCAUACCGCCAUCACCGCCCGCGACAAGGAAAGUGGAUCAGAAAAGUGCCCAAAGAACACCGGCAGAACAGACGACAACAGCGCCACCACAAAAUUCGUGGCAACGCCGGAACCAGUCUCGGACGCGGGAAUACCGGAGACAGAAAAAGGCCGCCAAUCCCACCACCUCCCAACAGUACUGCCUGGAAAAACCGGCACCCUCAACCACCCAACCGGCACCAGGCCCAAUGUCGCUGGAGGCAACCAACACGCCUGUCCCCGAGGCCAAGACACCGGAGGUAUCAAUGCCUACUGGACAAACCGAGGCCACGGAACAACUGGCCACCGCCACUUCAAUACCGGUCGAUAUGAUGACAUCACCGGAUGAGGAGAAGGAGCUGCAGUGUGACAUGAUGGAUGUUGGUCCCCCAGACGACGUGGACACGGUGUUCCAAAUCACCAGCCCCGACCCCACGACACCACCCCGACAUGGGUAGACAGUCCGGAGCGCGACCGCUACACCCAGCCGGAAUACCCCUCUCCGGAAACUGUCUACGCCAGCCACUGAUCCGUCCACACACCCACCGGAAGCGGCCGGACAACCAUUGUCACUAUUCUGUGAUUGAUACGAUGAUAGCAUACAACACGUGUGUCAGCUCAAUUAUAUUAUUGUCUAGCCGUUGCACCACAUAAUAACAAAAUUGUUGCACCUAGUUUUGUUUAACCUGUUAUAUUGUAAAAUACACUGUUUCAUACUUCAUAUCUAA